GUCCUGCAGCAGAUCAUGGCCAUCACCGACCAGAGGCCUGGACGAGGCCCAGGCCAGAAAGCAUGCCCUCCACUGCCAUCGGAUGAAGUCUGCCCUCUUCAGUGUGCUCUGCGAGAUCAAGGAAAAGACAGCCAUGAGCAUCCAGCAUGAGGAAGAGGAUCCUCCCGACACUCAGCUCCUGAGGCUGGAUAAUAUGCUGCUGGCUGAGGGUGUGUCCAGGCCAGAGAAGAGAGGACGAGGAGCAGCAGCAGGCACCACAGCAACACCAGGUGGCUGUCCAAAUGACAAUAGCAUUGAGCACUCAGACUACAGGGCCAAGCUGUCCCAGAUCCGACAGAUUUACUACUCUGAGCUAGAGAAGUAUGAACAGGCCUGUCGUGAGUUCACCACACAUGUCAACAACCUUCUACGGGAACAGAGCAGGGUGAGGCCUGUGUCCUCCAAGGAGAUGGAGCACAUGGUGGGCAUCAUCCACAGCAAGUUCAGUGCCAUCCAGAGGCAGCUUAAGCAGAGCACCUGUGAGGCUGUCAUGACCCUGCGCUCACGGCUCCUGGAUGCCAGGCGGAAGCGGCGGAACUUCAGCAAGCAGGCCACCGAAGUGCUGAAUGAAUAUUUCUACUCCCAUUUGAGCAACCCUUACCCCAGCGAAGAGACCAAAGAAGAACUGGCCAGGAAGGGCGGUAUCACGGUGUCCCAGGUCUCUAACUGGUUUGGCAACAAAAGAAUCCGGUACAAAAAGAACACAGGGAAGUUUCAGGAAGAGGCCACCAUGUACACUGAGAAAACAUCCACGGCCACCAGGGCCCGGGGCCCAGGGGGACAGCCCAGCCCAGGUUCCUGUGGCCCCUUUCCCCUGACCAGUGGAGGUGACAUGGUUCUCACCCUGCAGACCCUGGCCUUCCUUCAGCCUCCACCUGGGGGAGUCUACCUCCAGCCCCCGACCCACGGCAGCUGGCAGAGGGCCACCACUCCACAGCCAGUCUCACCACCUGCUGGAAAUUGUGGCAGCUUCCACUCAGGUGUAUCUAAUUAAGUUCUGGGACCCUGGUUGAGUACCGUGAGUGAC